AUGAACUAUCCACCUCCAGGACCUCCUCCGCCAGGACCUCCUCCUCCAUGGGCCGGUUAUCAACAGCCUCCUCCCCAAUGGUCGCAAUCCCCGCAUCCCCCGCAUCCCGCGCCGCCGCCCUACCACCAACAGCCACCACCACCACGACAGCCGCAACCCUACUACCAACAACAUCGCCAGCAUCAGUCUUACUCGGGUCCCCCACCAGGAGCCUAUCCUCUCACACCGCCCUAUAAUCACCCCCCCGUCACCACAGCCUCCUUAUGGACACACACCGUUCCCCCAGCCUCCCUAUGGCCAGCAACCUACGCCAUCUCCCCAACCGGGACAUCGUCAGAACUUGAGCGUGAGCAGUUACGGUACAGCAAAAGCCAGCACCCUUUGUCACCCAAUUUUCCACGUCUUCAUCAAAUCCUAACCGUUGGUUCUACGACAUUAGGGCCCCCUCGCGCCAAUUCUCCGAAUCUCCCACCCCGACCGCCGCAGAGUCUCCAACAGUUCGGUCAUGGGGCGCCCUCCAGUUACCAAUUCCAGUACUCAGCUUGUACCGGACGGCGGAAAGCCCUGCUCAUUGGUAUCAACUACUUCGGCCAGGCCAAUAAGCUCAACGGAUGUAUCAACGAUGUCACCAACAUGUCCACCUUCCUACACGAGCGCUUCGGGUAUCACCGCGAGGAUAUGGUCAUCCUUACCGACGACCAGCGCAACCCCAUGAGCAUCCCCACCAAGAAUAAUAUCAUCCGGGCCAUGCACUGGCUGGUCAAGGACGCCCAGCCCCACGACUCCCUCUUCCUCCAUUUCUCUGGCCAUGGGGGUCGAACGCCCGAUCUGGACGGCGAUGAAGAUGACGGGUUCGACGAUGUGAUCUACCCGGUGGACUAUCGAUCCGUCGGACAUAUCGUGGACGACGACAUGCACGCCAUAAUGGUGCGGCCUCUGCGCCCCGGUGUCCGACUGACGGCCAUCUUUGACUCGUGCCACUCCGGAACCGCUCUGGAUCUUCCGUACGUAUACUCGACCCAGGGCAUCUUGAAGGAACCAAACCUGGCCAAGGAGGCCGCCCAAGACCUUUUCACCGCAUUCACGGCGUAUGGAAGGGGAGAUCUGUCCCGUAUGGCAAGCACCGCCAUUGGCUUCUUCAAGAAGGCAGCAAACGGAGGUCAGGCACGGGAACGUACCCUCCAGACCAAAACCUCGCCGGCCGAUGUGGUCAUGUUCUCCGGAUCCAAGGAUACUCAGACAUCAGCUGACACCUUCCAAGACGGCCAGGCCAGGGGUGCCUUGAGCUGGGCGUUUAUCAAAUCGCUGAAACAAUGGCCCCAGCAAAAUUAUCUGCAGCUACUGAACACCAUCCGAGCUGAGCUCGACGGGAAAUACACCCAGAAGCCACAAUUGAGCUGCAGCCAUCCCCUGGGUAAGUUGAUCUGCGGUACUACCGAAUGGAGCCCCAGGCUGACUCGUGCGGCAGAUGUCAAUCUACGGUUUGUGAUGUGA